AUGCCUACUUUUCAAGCCAGUGCCACCAACCCCACAAGGUUGAGAGGAAAAGAGACUGAUCGAGUUGCACUUCUAGCCAUCAAGGCUCAACUAAAGCAUGAACAUAUCUCGGUCCUGAGCUCCUGGAAUGAAUCCAGUCACUUUUGCCAGUGGGAAGGAGUUGGUUGCAGUCGCCGACAUCAAAGGGUCACAGUGUUGGACCUACAGUCCCAGAAAUUGGCAGGAUCCAUAUCCCCCCACGUAGGUAAUCUAAGCUUCCUCAAGGAGCUAUAUUUACAAAACAAUAGCUUCACAGGUGAAAUCCCACCACAUAUUGGUCACUUGAGGAGGCUGCAGAUUUUAAGACUGGACAAUAAUUCCAUCAGUGGCGAAAUCCCUGCCAAUAUAUCUAGCUGCUCCAACCUCAUACGACUAGAUGUCGGGUUCAACAGGCUGGUUGGGAAAAUUCCUAGCACAAUUGGGUCCUUGUCAAAGCUCAAGAACAUUAGUUUUUACAAUAACGGCCUAACAGGAACGAUCCCACCUUCAUUUGGCAACCUUACAUCCCUAACCAAGCUUUUGGCAAUUGGUAAUUUCUUGAAGGGAAGUAUUCCAAGUUCUGUAGGGAAACUUACAAGCUUAGAAAUCUUUGCUGUGGGACAGAAUAUGUUUUCUGGUGCUGUUCCUGCUGUGAUUUUCAACAUCUCAUCUCUCACUGUGUUGGACUUGAUGGGAAACCAAUUCCAUGGCAGGCUUCCCUCAGACAUGGGCAACACUCUUCCUAAUCUCCAAAUUAUAGAUGUUGGCCUCAACGGAUUCAUCACCGGACCCAUUCCCAUGUCCAUAUCCAAUGCCUCCAAUCUUAGACAAUUUAUUGUUGCAGGAAACAGAAUAACUGGACAAGUUCCCUCUUUGCAGAAGCUACACGGCCUCUGGGAAUUUUUCAUUUGGAGUAAUCAUCUUGGAAAUGGGAAAUCGGGUGACUUGAGCUUUCUCUCGGAUUUGGCCAACUCCACGAAACUGGGGGGUGUUGAGAUAAGUGGCAACAAUUUUGGAGGGAUGCUGCCCACAUCUUUAUGGAACUUCUCAACAAGUCUUUACCUUUUUGGUGCGUCGACCAAUCAGAUACAUGGAAGCAUCCCAAAUGGGAUGGGCAAUCUUGUCAACAUGCAGUAUCUGGAUAUGAGCAACAAUGAAUUCAAUGGUAGCAUUCCUGCCGAUAUUGGGAAGCUUCGAAAUUUAGGGAGAUUGAAGCUUUACAACAACAAACUAUCAGGAGAUAUCCCCUCCUCCCUUGGGAACUUAACAGAGUUACUCGUACUUGACUUGGAAGGAAAUGAUCUUCAAGGCAUCAUCCCUCCAAGUUUGGGGAGAUGCCAGUGGCUACUUCAGUUGCAACUUUCUCAAAACAAUCUCAGUGGUUUCUUAACUCAGCAAGUUUGGAGUCUCUCAUCAUUAGCAGUGGGUUUGAACCUAUCUCAAAACCACUUGACUGGUUCUCUCCCUAAGGAAGUUGGGAAUCUGAAAGCUCUGGGUUCUUUGGACCUUUCUGAUAACAUGUUAUCCGGGGAAAUUCCAACCAGUAUUGGCAAGUGUCAAAGUUUAGAAGUCCUCCACUUGCAAGGGAACUCCCUCCAAGGGACCAUUUCUUCAUCUUUGGAAACGUUGAGAGGGCUUCAAUUCUUGGAUCUCUCUCGAAACAACCUCUCAGGCAAGAUUCCACUAUAUUUGGAGGGGUUUCAAUUGCUAAACUUGAAUCUCUCUUUCAAUGACUUCGAGGGUGAGCUGCCAGUUGGAGGGGUCUUCAAAAAUGCGAGUGCAAUUUCCAUUGUUGGAAACAGCAAGCUCUGCGGCGGUGUUGCUCAACUCCAGCUACCCAAAUGCAACUACCCUUCCAAAGAUUCCAAGAAAAGGAGCUUCAAAUUGGUAAUCUUCAUAGUCCUUGGACUUGUGGUGGUAAUCUUGGUGGUGCUGGGUUUCCUAUAUUUGAUUCCAUUAAGAAAGAAGCUAAGGAAACAACCUGCAUCAAGCAAUUUGGAGAAACUGUUGCAAGUGUCAUAUAAUUCUCUUUUAAAAGCUACUGAUGGGUUCUCUUCAGCUAAUUUGGUUGGUACUGGUAGUUUUGGGACGGUCUACAAAGGAUUUCUGAAUGAUGUUGGUACUCUUGUUGCUGUCAAAGUUUUUAACCUGUUACGCCAGGGAGUUUCUAAGAGUUUCAUAGCCGAGUGUGAGGUAUUGAGAAAUAUCAGGCAUCGAAAUCUCGUCAAGAUUAUAACUGCAUGUUCAAGUACUGAUUUUCUUGGUAAUGAUUUCAAGGCUCUGGUUUAUGAGUUCAUGGAGAAUGGAAGCUUAGACGAGUGGCUGCAUCAAACUACUGAAACUGAACAAGUGACAGAAGCACCCAAGCAUUUGAACUUUCUUCAGAGGCUAGACAUAGCCAUUGAUGUUGCUAGCGCACUAGAUUAUCUUCAUAAUCAUUGUGAAACGCCAAUAGUUCAUUGUGAUCUCAAGCCAAGCAAUGUCCUUUUAGAUAAGGAACUGAUUGGACAUGUUUCUGACUUUGGACUAGCACGGUUUGACUUUGGACUAGCAAGGUUUCUCUCUGAAGUUACAGAUUACGUCUCUGCAAAUCAAACACAUUCACUGGGACUAAGAGGAUCCAUUGGCUAUGCUGCACCAGAGUAUGGAAUGGGAAGUGAAGUGUCUACAUAUGGGGAUGUGUAUAGCUUCGGCAUCCUCUUGUUAGAGAUGUUCACAGGAAAGAGACCCAUUGACGACAUGUUUAAGGACGGCUUGAACCUUCAUGGUUUUUGUAAGAUGGCUUGCUCUGAGGGCGUUGCCAAGAUUGCAGAUUCAAGGCUUCUUCAAGAAGACAUGGUUGCUACAGGCAUCAACAAAACUCCCAAUCAGCGCUGCGUGAGAGCUGAAAAACUUGAAGAGUGCUUGAGUCUGAUCUUUGGAAUUGGGAUUGCUUGUUCUGCUGAAUCACUGAGAGACCGAAUGGGCAUUAGAGAUGCUGCAUCAGAAUUGCAUUCCAUCAGGAACAUUCUUGUUGCAUAG